AUGGUGCGAAAACUCAAGUAUCACGAGCAAAAGCUCCUGCGUAAGACGGAUUUCAUCACCUACAAGCAGGAUAAUGGACACCGCGAUAAGGAAGUCGUCCGCCGAUACAACAUCCAGAAGCCCGAAGACUAUCACAAAUAUAAUCGCAUCUGCGGCUCCCUCCGCCAACUCUCGCAUCGACUGUCCCUCCUGCCGCCCGACAACGCCGUGCGGCGCAAGCACGAGGAGCUACUGCUCAACAAGCUGUACGACAUGGGCGUGCUGUCGUCGGCGUCAAAGCUGUCGUCGGUGGAGCGCGGGGCGACGGUGAGCGCGUUCGCGCGGCGGCGGCUGCCGGUGGUCAUGACGCGGCUGCGCAUGGCGGAGACGGUGCAGGCGGCGACCAAGAUGAUCGAGCAGGGCCACGUGCGCGUGGGCGUCGAUACGGUGACGGACCCGGCGUACCUGGUGACGCGCUCGACCGAGGACUUUGUGACGUGGUCGGUCGGCAGCAAGAUCAAGCGCAACAUCAUGAAGUACCGCGACCAGCUGGACGACUUUGAGCUGCUGUGA